UCCGGAAGUGACGUAGGAGUGUCAACAUGCAAGAUGGCGGCCCAUCACCGGCAGAACACGGCAGGGCGGAGGAAAGUGCAGGUUUCCUACGUUAUUCGAGAUGAAGUGGAGAAGUACAACCGGAAUGGAGUCAAUGCCCUGCAGCUGGAUCCAGCUCUAAAUAGACUUUUCACAGCUGGUCGCGAUUCCAUUAUAAGAAUAUGGAGUGUCAAUCAGCACAAGCAAGACCCGUAUAUUGCGUCUAUGGAACACCACACAGAUUGGGUAAAUGACAUUGUACUCUGUUGUAAUGGGAAAACACUAAUAUCUGCCUCUUCUGACACAACUGUAAAAGUGUGGAACGCACAUAAGGGAUUUUGCAUGUCAACAUUAAGGACACAUAAGGAUUAUGUCAAGGCCUUAGCAUAUGCCAAGGAUAAAGAACUGGUAGCAUCAGCUGGUCUGGACAGACAAAUAUUCCUGUGGGAUGUGAACACUCUAACAGCAUUGACUGCCUCAAAUAACACUGUCACAACUUCUUCUUUAAGUGGGAACAAAGAUUCCAUUUACAGCCUGGCAAUGAAUCAGCUGGGAACAAUCAUUGUGUCAGGGUCCACUGAGAAGGUUCUAAGGGUCUGGGACCCACGGACAUGUGCAAAACUAAUGAAGUUGAAAGGCCACACAGAUAAUGUGAAAGCACUGUUGUUGAACAGAGAUGGCACCCAGUGCCUUUCUGGCAGCUCUGAUGGGACGAUUCGCCUUUGGUCCCUUGGCCAGCAGAGAUGUAUAGCAACAUACCGAGUCCACGAUGAAGGAGUUUGGGCUCUGCAAGUCAAUGACGCCUUCACACAUGUGUACUCUGGGGGCAGGGACAGGAAGAUUUAUUGUACAGACCUAAGGAACCCUGACAUCCGUGUGCUAAUCUGUGAAGAAAAAGCACCCAUUCUCAAGAUGGAGCUUGACAGAUCCGCUGAUCCCCCUCCUGCAAUCUGGGUCGCAUCAACAAAGUCCACAGUAAAUAAGUGGACACUGAAGGGAAUUCAUAACUUUAGAGCUUCUGGAGAUUAUGACAAUGACUGUACAAAUCCCAUAACCCCCCUUUGCACACAGCCUGACCAGGUUAUUAAAGGGGGUGCUAGUAUUAUUCAGUGCCACAUCCUUAAUGAUAAAAGACAUAUAUUAACCAAAGACACCAAUAAUAAUGUGGCAUAUUGGGAUGUCUUGAAGGCAUGUAAAGUUGAAGAUCUGGGCAAAGUGGAUUUUGAAGAUGAAAUUAAGAAGAGAUUCAAGAUGGUCUAUGUGCCAAAUUGGUUCUCGGUAGACUUGAAAACAGGGAUGUUGACUAUUACUUUAGAUGAGAGUGACUGUUUCGCUGCUUGGGUGUCUGCAAAAGAUGCUGGCUUCAGCAGCCCUGAUGGAUCUGACCCAAAAUUGAACUUAGGAGGACUUUUACUGCAAGCACUCCUAGAAUAUUGGCCUAGAACACAUGUGAAUCCAAUGGAUGAAGAAGAAAAUGAAGUAAACCAUGUAAAUGGAGAGCAGGAGAGCCGAGUACAGAAGGGAAAUGGGUAUUUUCAAGUACCCCCACACACCCCUGUGAUCUUUGGUGAAGCUGGAGGUCGCACACUAUUCAGGCUGCUCUGCCGAGAUUCUGGGGGUGAGACCGAGUCAAUGCUUCUCAAUGAGACGGUGCCACAAUGGGUAAUUGACAUCACUGUGGAUAAAAACAUGCCCAAAUUCAACAAAAUCCCUUUCUACCUCCAACCUCAUGCAUCUUCAGGAGCAAAGACCUUAAAAAAAGAUAGACUCUCUGCUAGUGACAUGCUCCAGGUUCGGAAAGUAAUGGAACAUGUUUAUGAGAAAAUCAUCAACCUGGAUAAUGAGUCUCAAACCACUAGCUCUUCUAAUAAUGAAAAAUCAGGAGAACAGGAAAAAGAAGAGGAUAUUGCUGUGUUGGCAGAGGAGAAAAUUGAGCUUUUGUGUCAGGACCAGGUUUUGGAUCCAAAUAUGGACCUUCGAACAGUGAAACACUUCAUAUGGAAGAGUGGUGGUGACCUCACCCUCCAUUACCGUCAGAAGUCCACGUGAAGGGUGGGUGAACGCUCCCGGGUAUUCACUUACUGACCUUCCUCUAUGGCCCCAAGAGUAGUCCUAGGAAGCCCACUGAGCCCCAACGGGAGCAAGACUUCUAACGGCUGAUUUGGUAUGGACCGAGAUUCUCUUACAAUUGAAGUGACUAAUUGAAAUGUAAUAUAGAAACCAGUCUCCAUGUGUAGAUUAAACUGUCCCCAGGAAGGCAGAGCGCGAGAGCAGAAGAGCCCUGCGCAGACUGUGUCUCUCGAGAUGUACAGAGAACACAACAGGCCAGCACAGACUUUGCUUCCUCCUUUUGUUUGAAAGGACCUUAUCUUUGUCAGCACUUGGUAGAGACACACCGGUAGGGUCACAUCUGUCACUGUGUUUCAACUUUAAGCCCACGUGCUCUGUAGCUUUUCUAAAGAGUACAUUCCAUUUGUGCAGAACGUUUGAAGGCUUUUUCCAAAUUUGUCAUUAAAAUUUUUUUUUCCAUUUUCUCCUUUUAAGCCAGUUAUUUUUAAUAGGAGUUUGCUAUUGCACAAUUCAAGAGGCAGCCCAUUUCAGUUACUGUUGGGCUUGUUUUUAAUACCGCAUCUUAGAUAUGUGUUCUUGUAGGACGAUCUGUUGAAAUUUCAGGUGCUGGAAAGCAGCACUGGGACUGCCAGCCCAGAAUACACCCAGCCUGUGCCCAGUGAGGCCACCCACCCCCAGUGCCCUGGACUGUGCUGCAGCCACAAGGAAGUGCAGCUGCCCCACUCCUUCCUCCACUGUGUCAUUUUAUUUAUAGACUAAGCCAGGCGACACCGCUAGUUCUUGCUCUAGCUGAGCAGCGUGACACCCUGGAAACCUCAUACCAUGAUGAGAUUCUGACUUCAUUUAAAUGCUACCUAAAAGUUAUGGCGUCAGAAUAAAAGGAUGUCAUAUAUGUUAAUUUGAUAUUCGUACCUUGGAAGCAGAUGUAUUUGUUUCUCCAGAGUUUUCUAUGCAGGUUUUUGUUGUGUCUAUGCCCAGACUUCCUUUCCCUGUUCUUUUUAACAAUCUAAAGAUUUCAGAUUCAUUUAGAUCUUGUACAGAACAAUAACUUAUUGAGGACAGACACUUCCAACUUUUGGCAAAAAAAAAAUAUAUAUAUAUGUAUAUAUAUAUAUACACACACACACACAUACAUACACACACAUUCUCUCUCUCUCACUCUCUCUCUGUCUGGAUUCUCCCCAAGGCCAUUUGUAUUCAGAACAGGUCAGUGGCCCACCCUCAUAAAGCAACAUAAGACAAGCCUCCUGUAUGAAGCCAGAAGCACAAGUGCCUUCAGAGGGCAGUUUACUGCAGUCUAGUUGCCUCCCCAGCUUGCAUGUGGCCUGUCCCCACAACAGCAGGGACUGGGGAGGAGGCAGGGAAGGUUUUUGUGUUUUUAAAUUAUUACUUUGUUUUCUACAUUUCAUAGGGUCGGCUGGAGGCAGCUGGUGGGCCUGGGUCCAACUCUUACUAUUUGAAAUAUUCUGAUCCACACAACUGUAGAGACAGGGUUCCCUCAUCACUGCUGGUCAGCUGCCUCUGGAGAGUGGACAGGUCAUUGCCUUUGGCAUUUUGAAGACAUGUGCAAAGACAUGCCACAUUUCCAAUGAGUCUUUCUCCAUUACACAGAGAGCAGCCGGCUUCUAUUUUUAAAAAUCCUUUCUAUCUGUUGGAUACAACAGUGUGCUUUUGGUGCACAUUUUUUUAGCAAUAGUUGUAAAAAAUAAAAGACAAAAAGCCCCAACCUCAUCUACCAACCCACAGCUGUAUUUGCACGGAGGACCCCCUGGGCUGCAGGAGUCGGUCCUGCUGGACCAUUUCCGCCCUGCCCGCUGAGCCUCCAGGGCCAGCUGCAUCCCUUCCUGUCAGUCUUCCCUAGCCCCAGCAUGGUUGUGCUUUUCUUUUCCUUCCACGCAAACCAGUAACAGUUUCCAGAAAAUCUGACAGUCUGCAAUGCCAAAAGAGUGAAAAAUCUGUAAUUCACAGUUGUAUAGAAUAAAGGCUUUAGUUAAAAUAUUUCAAA